AUAAAGCAGACAGACUGUGCACGGUGUGUGCACACAGAAAUGUGACCAUUUAAUUUAAAGAGAAUGUAGUAGUGAUGUGUUUGUGAAUUAGCAAAACAUUUUUUAUUUUCUAACAGAUUCGCACAGUUGUCAAAAAUGACAGACAAGUUUCAGCAAACGAAUUCCUGUCAAUAAUGCCUAAUGUUUCAAUAGAUCUUGAGUGAUUAUAAAUAAUUAGGAACUUUUAAAUAUUUGCCAAGUUGAUUGCGUCUUUUUUGCACAAAAAUGGCCGCACAUACAUGGCUCCUGACUAUUUAAUUUUUGCCAGUGCUUAAUAAUUUUCCAUAAGAUCUCUCAUUUUUUUUAUCAUUUUUUUUCACUGUCAUUAUUACUACUAUUAUUGGAAAAUUUGCUUUUUCUUUUCUAUUCAAAAGAAUAUGAAGCAAUUGUUUGUUAAAAACAGUCAAUUAAUGACGAAGUGCAAAAAGAACUGUGACCGGUGUGUUUUUGCAUACAGUCGAAUAUAUUUAUUGAAUUGCUUUUUUGAAGCGAUGUCGUUGACAUGAUAAAGUCAAAGUUUUUCUGUAUGCAUUACAUUCGAUCUUUCACUGUUGAGUGUUUUUUUGUUAAUCGCCUGUCAAGAGAAGCAUAAGUGAAAAAAUGAGAUUUUGCUGGGAGAAAAGAAGCUUACUUACUUUAGGGCUUCUGUGUUUACUACAUAUUCCUCUAUUUAUCAACGGAUUAAAGUGCCAUUGUGACAUAUGCACAGAGAGUAAUCAUACCUGUAUAACAGAUGGGUACUGUUUUGCCAGCACUACUUUGGACCAUGAUGGUGUUACACAUGCUUACCGGUGUUACAAUAAGACGCGGUUCUUUCCGAGCUCCGAGUAUUCAAUUUGGUGCAAGACAAAUGAGACACUCCGUGGUCCAGAAGGCAAUGAAUAUGUGAUAGCUUGUUGUAAUCACAUUGAUUACUGUAAUCGUUCUUUAAGGCCUUCAUUUCCUAAGUUCUCAGCAGAGCGCACUUCUCGUGUAUUACCCAACGGAGGUAGGACACCGUGGGAAACAUGGCAAACGGCUUUGGCAAUAGCUUUGCCAAUUUGUGCAUUGUGCCUUGUCGUUAUGGCUAUUUAUCACGUUCAUAUGUUAAGAAAAAGACCAGCCAGGCACUUUCCCGAUGACUCUAUGGAAGCCCCAGAUAGACCGAUUCUUGGAGGUGUCACUAUUAGAGACAUGCUGGAAAUGACAACCAGUGGUAGUGGCUCUGUUGGCCUACCACUUCUAGUGCAAAGGAGUAUAGCCCGCCAGAUUCAAUUAGUUGAAACCAUUGGCAAAGGACGAUUUGGCGAAGUCUGGCGUGGUCGAUGGCGAGGUGAAAAUGUCGCUGUAAAAAUAUUUAGUUCGCGUGAAGAAAGAUCAUGGUUUAGGGAAGCUGAAAUUUAUCAAACAGUAAUGCUCCGACAUGACAAUAUUCUUGGAUUCAUUGCUGCAGAUAAUAAAGACAAUGGGACAUGGACACAACUUUGGCUUAUAACUGAUUAUCAUGAGAAAGGUUCACUUUUCGACUACCUAAAUAGAUCAACAGUUGAUACAAAUGGCAUGAUUAGAAUGGCCUUGUCUAUAGCUACUGGUUUGGCACAUCUUCACAUGGAAAUUGUUGGCACUCAAGGAAAGCCAGCGAUAGCUCAUCGAGAUUUGAAGUCAAAAAAUAUUUUAGUAAAAACUAAUGGAACAUGUGCAAUUGGUGACCUUGGCCUGGCUGUCAGACAUGAUGUUAUUACCGACACUGUAGAUAUUCAACUUAAUAAUAGAGUUGGAACAAAGCGCUACAUGGCACCGGAGGUUCUCGAAGAGACAAUAAACAUGAAUCACUUCGAUUCAUUCAAGCGAGCGGAUGUCUAUGCUUUAGGUUUAAUUUUAUGGGAAAUUGCAAGAAGAUGUAAUGUUGGUGGUAUUCAUGACGAUUAUCAACUUCCAUUUUAUGAUUUGGUUCCCUCCGAUCCAACAAUUGAAGAAAUGCGCAAGGUUGUGUGCACUGAUAGGCAAAGGCCUUCAAUUCCAAAUCGAUGGCAAUCAAUUGAUGCUCUUCAAGUGAUGUCGAAGGUUAUGAAAGAAUGUUGGUAUCACAAUGCUGCUGCAAGACUAACUGCCUUAAGAAUAAAAAAAUCUCUUGCAAAUUACGGAGCAAUGGAUGAUCUGAAGUGAUGAAAUCACUUUAGGUUUAUUGGUCGUUAUCGUUAGGAAACGUAACUUCUUUGUUAAAAAAUAUUUUGAUAAUACAAAAACGAAGUCAACACAUC